UUUCAGUCAGCAUCCAGUUCGUGAAUCAAAUUCGUUUUGAGAGUUGACAAAUUUCGCCGCCAUGAAAAUUGCAUUGCUUCAAUUACCAGUAGGCUCAGAUCCUACUACCAAUGUCAAUCGAGCUGUAGAGGCCGUAAAACAAGCAAAGGCUAAAAAUCCUGAUUUGAAAGUUGCCAUUUUGCCAGAGUGUUUCAAUGGUCCCUAUGGAACGGAAUUCUUUGCCCAAUAUGCCGAGAAAGUUCCUCAAGGUCCAACUUGUCAGGUUUUAUCAAAGUUGGCCAAGAGCCUUGGCCUAUAUCUAAUUGGUGGAACUGUAAUCGAACAAGUUGAUGGAGGCGAUUUGUUCAACACUUGCACGGUUUGGUCUCCCGAUGGCAAGUUAAUUGGAAAGUAUCGCAAGAUGCAUUUGUUUGACAUAAACCUUAAUUCUGAAGCUGGCGGUUGCAUGCAGUUUAAGGAAUCAUCAGCUCUAAAGCCAGGCAAUGAAUUCACCGUGGUCGAAAUUGAAAAUCGAAAAUUCGGAAUUGGCAUUUGUCAUGAUAUGCGAUUCGAUGAAUUGGCCCGAGUCUAUCGCAAGGAAGGAUGUGAUGUGAUUGUAUAUCCUUCGUCCUUCUGCAUUGCUCAAGGUCCAAUGCAUUGGGAAUUACUGCAAAGGUCCCGUGCAACUGAUAAUCAAGUCUUUGUCGCAACCGUAUCAUCGGCUCGCGAUGAGAACGCUGAUUACGUUUCAUACGGCCACUCGAUGGUUGUGGAUCCAUGGGGCCGAGUAAUGUGCGAGGCUAGCGAAAAAUGUGAAACUGUUAUCGCUGAUAUUGAUUUUAAAAUGGUUGAUGAUGUUCGAAAGCAAAUUCCAAUCUAUGGACAAAGGCGCACAGAUAUUUAUGAUACCAUCAAAAUGAAGAAGUAAGCAUUUGAAUUGGAAAUGAUUGAAGACUUAUGCAUAAAUGUCAAUUUAUUUUAUCGCUUGAAUUUUUGAUUAAAUAAACCAAAUGCAAUAAA